CCGAAUUAAACAGUCGAGUCAGACUGAGCUGCAGGCGAGGAGGCGAACGGAUUUAAACCACUUUUAUUUAAAUGUUGGGCAUCUCUGCUCCCUGCUCCUCGGGGGUCACCGCCGAGCGACCCGCCCCCAGCUCAGGGAUGUACAAGCUGGAGGUCGAACUCAAGAGAGGCCACAACCUGGCCGUACGGGACAGAGGAGGCAGCAGUGAUCCGUACGUCAAGUUCAAACUGGCCGGUAAAGAAGUUUUCAGGAGCAAAACCAUCCACAAAAACCUCAACCCGGUGUGGGACGAGAAGACCAGUCUGAUCGUAGAUAGUCUGAGUGAACCUCUGUAUGUAAAGGUGUUUGAUUAUGACUUCGGUCUUCAGGACGACUUCAUGGGUUCAGCUUACCUUUACCUGGAGUCUCUGGAGCAGCAGAGGACGAUACCUGUCACCCUGGUGCUGCAGGACCCUCAUCACCCUGAGCAGGACCUGGGCUCCCUGGAGUUCGCCGUCACCCUGACGCCUAAACACAGUCCCGUGGAGGAGCGGCGAGACUCCACGCAGAGGGAGGUUAAGACGUAUCGCUGGAAGCCGUAUGUGAAUAAAACUAUGCUGCUGAGGAGGUCCUGGAAACGAUCCACUAAGCAGCAGUCAUUACGUCUCUCAGAGCUGCAUCGGAAGUCGCAGCUGUGGCGAGGGAUCGUCAGCAUCGCGCUGAUCGAAGGUCGGAACCUGAUCCCCAUGGACCCCAACGGCCUGAGUGACCCCUACGCCAAGUUCAGACUGGGACACCAGAAGUACAGGAGCAAGACUGUGCCAAAGACCCUGAGUCCUCAGUGGAGGGAGCAGUUUGACCUUCACCUGUAUGAGGAGACAGGAGGAGUGUUGGAGAUCACAGUGUGGGACAGAGACACCGGGAGGAGGGACGACUUCAUCGGACGCUGCCAGCUUGACCUCUCCCCUCUGGCCAAAGAGCAGACCCAUCACCUGGAGCUGCCGCUGGAGGAGUCCCGGGGCGUGCUGGUGCUGCUGGUCACGCUGACCGCCUCGGCCCACGUCUCCAUCGCCGACCUGUCCGUCACGCCGCUGGACGACCCGCAGGAGCGCAGGGAGAUACUCAAACGAUACGGUGUGUUGAAGUCGUUCUCUAAUUUAAAAGACGUGGGCAUGGUGCAGGUGAAGGUGAUGAGAGCAGAGGGACUCAUGGCUGCUGAUGUAAAUGGUAAGAGCGAUCCUUUCUGUGUGCUGGAGCUGAACAACGACAGACUACAGACACACACUGUUUACAAGAACCUCAGUCCAGAGUGGAACAAAGCCUUCACCUUUAACUUGAAGGACGUCCACUCCGUGUUGGAGGUCACGGUGUUUGAUGAGGACAGAGACAGGAGCGCCGACUUCCUGGGAAAAGUCGCCAUCCCCUUAUUACAUAUCCGUAACGGCGAGCAGAAAGGCUACCUGUUGAAAAACAAGGAUCUGACGGGUCCGACCAAAGGAGUCAUCUACCUGGAGGUGGACGUCAUCUACAACACUGUCAAAGCCGCUCUCAGGACGGUGGUUCCUGCAGAACAGAAAUAUAUCGAGGAGGAACCAAAGGUCUCCAAACAGCUGCUGCACCAGAAUUUCAACCGCGUGAAGAGGUGCAUCAUGGUCCUGAUCAGCUACGGGACGUACAUCAACAGCUGCUUCGAAUGGGAGUCUGCGCAGAGGAGCAUCAUCUCCUUCGUGCUGUUUGUGGUGGUGGUGUGGAACUUCGAGCUCUACAUGCUGCCGCUGGCGUUGCUGCUGCUGCUGGUCUGGAACUACUUCUUCUCCUCGAGCAGGGAUACAGCCGACAUGUCGAUGGAGGCCAUGUUUGAAUGGGAGGAUGAAGAGGACGAUAAAGACGACAAGGACUCGGAGCACAAGGGCUUCAUGGAUAAACUGUACGCCAUCCAGGACGUGUUCAUCAGCGUGCAGAACGCUCUGGACGAGGUGGCGUCGUACGGAGAGAGGAUAAAGAACACCGUGAACUGGACAGUGCCUUUCCUCAGCUGGCUGGCGAUCACUGCCUUAUGUUUGGCCACGCUUCUUCUCUACCUCAUACCUCUCAGAUACCUUGUGCUGGCAUGGGGUGUGAAUAAAUUCACCAAGAAGCUCCGCGACCCGUACAUGAUCGACAACAAUGAGCUCCUUGACUUCCUGUCCAGAGUUCCCUCUGAUGUUCAAGUGAUGCAGUAUCAUGAGCUGAAGGUCGACCCAGGACAAAGCCCCAACAAACGCAAGAGGGCCAACCCGAGCUAGCCGCUCUAACAUCAGUCCUCCUCUCUGCUGGAACCCCC